AUGGCAAACCGACUUUUAACCGGCGGUGAAUGCCCCCAGGGUGUUCUCGAUGUUAUUGAAGGUGCAAUUGGUUAUCUUGCCCUUUCAAAUGGUUUUGCGGCGAUCGAAUACGCUGCCCUUCGGAUACUGUCGAACAUGUUUUUAUCUUUCACUGAGGAAUUGGGUAUCGCAGCUCUAAUGAAUGCUGAGAGUAGCGGAAGAACAACAAUUUUGCUUAGCGACAUUAUCAUCGCUCUGGUGGAUUUCGGUUUUGACCUGAAAGGUCUCAAUGAACUGCACAGAAGGCGCCAGUAUCGUGGGUUCAAGGAACCCACUGCUGUGGGGAGCACGAACAUACGCGGAGUUUCAUCGUCUGCAGUGAUCGGCCCAAGCGGAGCAACCAUCAUCCCAAGGCCACUUUCCUUACGUUCUGAUUGGCCUGCUACGGCUAGAGGAUUGUCUGGCAGCGCAUCCCCAGCUUUCGACCAGAACUUUUUACCGCCUCCUGCUCCAGCCCACCUACAAUUGCCUGCACUUCCCGAACCGCACACGUUCAUGCAAACGUGGGUCAAACGUCCUCCUGUCGCUUCUGAUCCUGCUUCCUUGCGCCGGCGUCUGUCCGAACAACGACGGAAAGUUCAGCAAUCGUUCAUACAUUUUCUAGCCCGAAUUCAUUCGGUCCAGUACCUGUUUCCUGGUGAUCCCGAAUCAUUCAUGUAAGCCGAGGAUAGUGUGGCAAACGCGUCGUCCAAAUCCAAGCCAUCCUCCUCAAGUUCCAGUACAAAAGUCGCUGCUUCCACUUCCGCAGUCAAUCCCUACCUGUUGAAACCAAAGUUCUUGGACUACUGA